ACGUACAGCUGGACGUCUCGGAGAAGAUAAACAAAAAGGAAGGAAGCCUUCGGCCAUACGUUCGCGGCAAAAUCGGUUCGAAAAUUUAGCUUGCAAGCUACGGUUAACAACUACAUGUGCCCUUAUAUUGCUUAGAUAGUUACCAUUUGGCGUUAACAAUCAUGGACGAGGGGAUAAUAUUUCGUAUGAGUGCAUAUUCCGAGCAAGGUGGGAGGAAAUACAUGGAGGAUGUUGUCGAUAUAAGAAUCGAGUACGAGCCGACGCAGUCGCCGUCGCCAGGCGAAGAUUAUCCAAAGUCGCAGGGACAUGGAGGACAGGGGAAAGCGGAGAGCGAACCUACAAAACAGACUGAAAAUGAGACACAUGAUCAGAACGUAGCUGCCGAAUCUGCCCCAGUUUCUGCAGUGUGGGUAGAGAGUCUAUCAAAUGAGGACAGUGGCAACAACAGUGCACCGGUAUCAGAGGAAAAAGUCGCAGGGCAAGCAGUCGACACUCGGAGGUCUGUGGCGUUUUUCGCUGUUUUUGAUGGCCACGGGGGUCGAGAAGCAGCACAUUUCGCAAGAGAGAAUCUGUGGGAGUUAUUGAAAAGACAGCGGGGGUUUUGGUCGAAGGAUCACAGUGAAGUGUGUGCCGCUCUAAAGAAAGGGUUCAUCGCCUGUCACCAUGCAAUGUGGAAAGAGCUACCGGAGUGGCCAAAGACUGUUACUGGCCUGCCCAGCACAUCAGGCACCACAGCCAGCGUGAUUGUGAUCCGCGGAGUUCACAUGUACGUGGCCCAUGUAGGGGAUUCGGCAGUAGUGGUUGGAGUGCAAGAAAAUGACUCUGAUAUCAGGCUCCAGGCACUUGAAAUAACACAAGACCAUAAACCUGAACUUCCUAAAGAAAAACAAAGGAUUGAACGGCUGGGUGGCAGUGUAAUGAAGAAAUCUGGGGUGAACCGUGUUGUGUGGAAGAGACCCAGGCUGACCCAUAACGGCCCUGUGAGGAGGAGUACAGUCAUUGACCAGAUCCCCUUCCUUGCUGUGGCCCGGUCCCUCGGGGAUCUGUGGAGCUACGAUUUCUACAGCGGGGAGUUUGUGGUUUCCCCAGAGCCCGACACCACCGUGAUGACGCUUGACCCCAAGCGGCAUCGCUACAUCAUCCUCGGCAGUGACGGACUGUGGAAUAUGAUGCCACCCAGUAAUGCGGUCAAUAUGUGUUCUAGCCACGACAAAAUGGUGGGACCAAAGGGAAUGUCUUGCGCCUGCCGGCUGGGAUGCACGGCCUUACUGUUUUGGAAAGAACGCAUGCUCCGUGCAGACAACACAACAGUUAUUGUCCUGGCCCUACAGGUGCGCGGGGACCCACCCAUCCCUAUGCAUCAAGAUGAGAUCGUUGUUGACAUGUCUACAGGAAUGGACCAUCUUCCAUUCCCAGGAACUACUUAUAACACAAUGUGUCGGGUCCAACCGGUGAGUGCCAGAGCAUCGUUGGAUCCUCCAUAUGAGGAGCCUGAUGAUGACAUGUUUUUUGAAGAAGAUGGGAUAUAUGGAGAAGACCAUGAGGGAUGGCCAUGCCUGGAGUGGUAGUGAGCGGAUUGAUGCAGCAAAUGCUUCCACAGCUGCGGAGCAGGCAUUUGGGCUGUAUGAAGCAGCUUUCUGUGCCACAGCACAGCUCUUACCUGAUGUUGACUCUGUGAGGGCCACACUGCCCCCCCACCCCCUCAGAGGGUUCCGUGAAUGUUAUCGAAAAGCAUGACUCUACAACCCAAAUGGACUGUGCAACUCCUCCGU